AUGGAAUCCCAUGUAUACCAUCUACUAUCACUUUCAUUCAUCUUCUUGGUGAUACCUGGUCACUUUCAUAACGACCUCAAGAAAUUCAUUCCAAGUGACAAAUUGGCGAAGAUAGUCAAUGAUCUCAAUACCCAAUUCAAUAUUGGCCAGCUCAAAGUGAAAAAUGAGAUCAUAUGCCAACUAAUAGACGUCGCAAGUGAUCUCCGCACUAACAAGCUGGACUGUGACAAUGCAGUGAUUGAACUCCUGUUGCUUCGCAAGCAAUCUACCAAAGAGGAAUACAGGAUAAUUAAAUCCUUCGCCUCAUUAAUUCGAUCACUUCCAAACGAGGCCGUAUCCAAUAUGAUUCUAGAGCAGGAGUUAAUCAGUCGCUUCACAGCACCGGCCUUGAACCCGUUGUUCGAUGAUCCUCAAAACGACAAUUUGUUCCGGUGGAUUGCUGCUAUAAAUGAAGAGAUGAAAACUUCCAGCACUGUCAUUGUCAGCAACGAACGGCCAGAUGCAUGCAUCAGUGUAUUAGAUGGUUCGAUCUGGGGUGUCACACGUGGCUUCAGUGAAGCAAAAUGCCAUAGCCAGGUAGAGAACAAAUAUCUGCUUGCCAAGGAUCUUGUUCAUCUAGGCAUCUUUGCUAAAAACUCCAUUGAUGUGAACAAUAUAAAGGGUGUUCUCGUCAUGCAAGUGAUUGGGCACCGCGUUUUCUUUUACAUUGUCAGUCUCAUGUACAAUGACAUAUAUGUCAUGUUCGAAAUCGCACAACUGUUAAUCCCUGCGAAAAUAUCAGAUCUCUCUUUGUACGCGGGACAAGUCAACACAAUCCUGGAUAUAAUCUGGGUGUACGAUAAUUUAUGCAAUGCUUAUGAAGACAAUGUUCUCCCCGCCACAUUGAAUGUCCGAAAGCGUAAGACACUGUCUUGCGAAGAACAUGAUCACGUUGUCAGUGACAGCCGAAAUCGCAAGCGACUGUCGAUCACCACCCCCUCUCUCCAGUAA